AUGUGGAGGAUUCAAUGGAGGUUUUGUUUAGUUGGUUGCUUCAUGAGUCAUUAUCCGGGCAAAGAUGGAGUCCGAUACAUUGGUUCUCAAUGGAAGACACCUCACAAAUUCUUCCUGCACAAGAGUGGUUGGGUAGUGUAUAAGUUUGAUAAUGAAGAAUAUCACCAAAAAUUUCUUCAAGGAGUACCUUACUUUGUCUUUGGUGUUCCGAUGUUCUUGAAUAUUAUGCCUAAGUGUUUUCCAUUUGAUGAAGAUGGACGCUUUGUACCGGUGUGGAUACAAAUUCAUGGCCUUCCACUAGAUUGUUGGAGCCAAUUUGUGCUAAGUAAGAUUGGAUCAAAAGUUGGCAAACCGUUGUACACUGAUAAUUUGACUAGGACAAGGGAACGGUUGGAGUAUGUAAGGCUUAUGGUGGAGAUUCCGACUAUUGGUGAACGUGUGCAUGAAGUCCCCAUCACCCUACCUACUGGUGUUCAAGUGGAUUUGAAAACCAUAUAUGAAAUGGUCCCGGAUUUUUGCCAAACAUGCAACAAAUUGGGUCAUCGAUCAAAGAAUUACCGGGGAAAGGCUACACCGGUUGGACAACAACGAAACAACCCCCAAACUGAUCCAAAUGUGCAAGGAUAUAGGAGACCAAGAUCUCAAUCAACUAGAGGUCGCGAGAGGACAAGAACGAGAUAUGGAAACCAUACAAGGCAACAAUGGCGACCAAUGCAACAAAGGCCAAAUGUUAAGGUGUCGGUUGACCAACAAGAGCUUGCAAUUGUCAUUGUGAACAUCCCUAUAACGGUGGACAUAAUUCCUCCCAAUUGUGAGAAUGAAGUCCGCCAAGGAGAGGAUCAGAUGCCACAACAACAGCCCCCUCAAGAGGUGGAAAUAAAUGAAGAGGUGCCAAGAGAAACUGAGCAAGUGCAGCCACCAAAAGUUGUCCAGCAGCCAGCAAUUUUAAGUGAAGGGAGCACAUCCUCCUCCUCUACUUCUUCCUCCAUGGCAUCACAAGAAGAUGGGGCAGCAAGUAAGAGUAUUCAUACGGUAUCGGAGGCAUCGACAUCUUCAUCAUUGCCCACUACUAUAUCAUCUACAAGUAGGGAUACGACAAGUAGUACACCUACCCCUACGAUUGGUACAAGACAACGGGUGCGAACAACCCACAAUGGUCACAAAUGA